AUGUUUCUUGUGAAAAGUGUUUGUUUUUUGGGAAUCAUUGUUUUCAGUGUUUGUUCAAAAUUUUCAUCGUUAGAUACUAUAUAUCAAAAAGGAGUAGACGCUUAUUCCAGAGAACGAUGGUCUGAGUGUAUUGUCCAUUUUGAAGAAUCAUUACAUUUAUAUAAGACUUACAAAACCGUUAUUAUAAACUGUAGAUUAAAAUGUAAUACUGAAAAUAAAUCACAAAUACUUGAACAAAUUGAAGAUCUUAAAAUUUACGAACUAUUCCUGAAUAGAAGAAAUUGUUUAAUAAAGUGUUUGGAUAACGAAUUUGAGAAUGUCUACAUGUAUAACAAUGUCUCUAAUAAAAUACUUUCUAAUUUUCAAUCUAGGAAACCUUAUGAAUAUUUACACUUAUGUUACUUUGAAAUGAAUGCUUUACCAAAAGCUGCUUCUGCUGCAUACACAUAUUAUGUGGCAAACACUGAAAAUGAGAUGAUGAAAAAUAAUGUAGACUAUUAUAUUCUUCAACCUGAAGUAGACUCUAAAGAGGUGAUCGACUUGGAAAGUGAGGAUUACCAAGUACUAUACAGAAUUGGACUCAAAGCAUACAGAUUGAAAAAUUGGGGUGAAACAAUAGCUAAUAUGGAAGAAGCUUUAACACAUUAUCUCAAUUGGGAGAAUUCUUGCCGUGCUGAAUGUGAACAUCUAUCAGAACAAGACUGGACAUCUGAAUUUUCCAUAACAAUAGCCAAUUAUAUUGCAUCUGUAUUAACAUGUAGACAGAAAUGUCAAAAUAAUCCUAUUUUCAAUACUGGUAUUGAAUUACUAGCAGAAAUUCUAAACUAUUUACAAAUAUCAUACUAUCACAUGGAGAGAUUUGAAGAUGCUUCACAAGCAGUAGCCACAUAUUUAUUUUUAAUUCCCAACGAUGAAGAUAUGCUAGAAAAUAAAAAAAUAUAUCUCUCUCUUGUAGAUGAAAAAAGUUUCAGUGAAAGAUCUGAUGUAGUAUAUUAUUUUAAACGUGAUAAACAGGAGAAGAUGUUACUUAAUUUUUUUCAGAGUGAGAAUAAUGAUAAUUAUGCAUAA